AUGAAUCAGAUUUCUAUGCAAGAUAAACUUACCGAAACUAACCUUCAAAAAAGAAAGGAACAGGAUAAAAAAGUUUUCAGACUCUUUAAUGUUGUUGAUUUUUUUAUUGCUAGAUUAAACGAAUAA